CCGCCGCCGCUGCCGCCGCGAAGAGGAGCCGGGAGCGAGCCGAGGAGCCCCCCGUGCCUUUCCCCUAGCGCGCUCUCAAGGGUUACGUGUGACAGGCAUACAAAUCCGGAAUAGAGAGAGGCGGUGAAGAGAGACCCGCUGGAGGGCUCUGGUGUGAUCGCCGCUCGGGAUUUACAAACACACACAGAGAGAGACACAGACACACACAGACACAGACACACAGAGACACACGCACGCACCCAGCCCGCUCGCUCCGGGUGGCUCGGUUCGCAGGAGGGCCGGCCUGUUUUGUCUGCGCGACGGUGACCUGGCGUUGCCCUGUCUGAGGCACCGCGAAAUUGACCACCGCAGAAAGAGGGGGGAAAGAAGGAGGGGCGGCCAGGGGGCUCCCCAAAACUACGAGGUCGAUCGCCCCCCCUCUUUUGUUUUGGUUUUUGUUUGCUUAAAGACAUCAUUUCGCAUGUUGGCCUGAAAACCAACAACAAACGAGGAAUAUGAACAGGAAAACCAGACGCUGGAUAUUCCACAUCUUUUUGAGUCUAGGGAUUGUCUAUAUAAAAAUUGGGGGCUUUUCCUCCGUCGUGGCUCUGGGAGCCAGCAUCAUCUGUAACAAGAUCCCGGGUUUAGCUCCUCGGCAGAGGGCGAUCUGCCAGAGCAGACCCGAUGCCAUCAUCGUGAUCGGCGAAGGCUCCCAAAUGGGCAUCAACGAAUGCCAGUUCCAGUUCCGCAAUGGGCGGUGGAAUUGCUCGGCCUUGGGCGAGAGGACGGUCUUCGGAAAAGAGCUGAAAGUGGGUAGCAGAGAAGCAGCAUUUACCUACGCCAUCAUUGCUGCUGGAGUAGCCCACGCGAUCACUGCUGCCUGCACCCAGGGCAACUUGAGCGACUGUGGCUGUGACAAGGAGAAACAGGGACAGUACCACAAAGAUGAAGGCUGGAAGUGGGGAGGCUGCUCUGCUGAUAUCCGAUAUGGAAUAGGAUUUGCCAAAGUGUUUGUGGACGCAAGGGAGAUCAAGCAGAAUGCGAGGACCCUCAUGAACUUGCACAACAACGAGGCAGGGCGAAAGAUCCUUGAAGAGAACAUGAAGUUGGAAUGCAAAUGCCACGGAGUCUCAGGAUCAUGUACUACUAAAACCUGCUGGACAACUCUUCCAAAAUUCAGGGAGCUGGGCUAUAUCCUGAAGGACAAAUACAAUGAAGCAGUUCAGGUAGAACCAGUGAGAGCAAGUCGUAAUAAGCGUCCAACGUUUCUGAAGAUAAAGAAACCACUCUCCUACCGUAAACCCAUGGAUACCGAUUUAGUGUACAUAGAGAAAUCACCUAACUACUGUGAAGAGGAUCCUGUGACCGGCAGUGUGGGAACACAGGGCAGAAUGUGCAACAAAACAGCACAGCAGACCAAUGGCUGUGACCUAAUGUGUUGUGGGCGAGGUUACAACACCCACCAAUAUUCAAGAGUGUGGCAGUGCAACUGUAAAUUUCAUUGGUGCUGUUAUGUUAAAUGUAAUACAUGCAGUGAACGAACAGAAGUGUAUACCUGUAAAUGAAAAUGUGGCUUGGGAGGGGGAAACCCUAAGGCCCUGGAAUAAAGCCUUUUUUUUGCACAUAAGCUCAGUGUACCUACACAAGAUUGUAGCAAAGACCCACACUGUUUCCCACAGGAAAAGCCACCGAAUGGAUUCUCAUCUCCCUCUCUUAAAGACUCAGCUGUUAUGUCGAUACUGAUCAAAGGCUUAGAGGAAUAGUUCAAAAGACAAAACAAGAGGAUUCUUUUAAAAAGGAAAAAAAAGAAAGAAAGAAAGAAAGAGGAAAC